AUGGCAACGUACCAUUCCGGUCCCGGAAACAGGUUUGUGUCUCACGGUACACUCGAACUCAACACUACCUCGACCGAUGAAAACGGGUCCAACGUGGAGGAGGACGUCCUGUACCAGCGGGGAGCAUCGUUCAGCGCUAAGCUCGAUAUGUCCGAUUUGCACAUAUCGAUGAAAACCUACAGCGACGAGGAGGACGGCGACGAUGACGGUGGCAGCAUGAAGCCCAUCAACCUAAACGCCAUCGAUGGGGAGUUAUCGUUGCGAAAAGCUAAUCAUAAUUGGAAAACGGAAAGCGCGAAGCUUCCCGGGAAUGUUAACAACCACCGGCAACAGCAGCAGUUGCAACAAAAGGCUUCACAGCUGCGCGGCAGCGGUAAAACUAGUCCCCAGAAGAGUGUAAAGGAUAGCUCCACCACCGUUGUCGGUGGCAGUAAUUCCCGGCCAAUCCGUAUGGAAAUCACCGGCGGCAACUCAUUACAUAUGCAGGAUGUCAGCGGUCGGAACCGAAGCGAAAUAAAAGCUCUCGCACUGACGGCACCGGAGGACGAUUCAGAUUUCACCGAGCGGAACGUGGUACCGGCGACCACAGUGGCCCCCACGGGCACCGGCGCGCGGAAGGAAUCCGAAAACGUGACGAGAAACCCGAUUGAUGCCGGCAGCUACUACAAUUCGACAGUGCACUCGAGCACUGCCAGCACGGUGGAAAGGAAUCCCUGUGUGCUGGAUUGUGGUUUCGAAGGUAUCUGUCGCAAUGGUGACAGUGGACAACCGCAGCGUUGUCUGUGUCCCUUCGGCAAAAGCGGCCACCGGUGUGAGGAAGAUUUUCGAGUCAACACUCCCCGGUUCAAUCAACAAUCCUGGUUGGCUUUUCCAGCACUUCGAGGAGCCUACAAACAUGUUCAGCUCCACAUCGAGUUUCGCCCUGAAUCAUUCGACGGCAUCCUGCUGCUGACAGGCGAACGGGACGACCUAACUGGCGAUUUUAUGGCACUGCUAAUACAUCAGGGAUUUGUGGAGUUCUGGUUCGAUUGCGGCUCCGGAACCGGUCGAGUUCGGUCCGAGGAAACGAUAGUCCUAAACCAGUGGAAUACCAUCACAAUCUACCGCCACCGGUGGGAUGCAUGGCUGGUGCUGAACCAGGGCAACCGGGUCCAGGGACGCUCGAAGGGUCUAUUUUCGCGUAUCACCUUCCGCGAGCCGGUGUUUCUCGGUGGAUUCGGCAACAUCACAGGAUUGGAAAAGAAACUGCCCGUCAGCAAUGGCUUCACCGGUUGCAUACGGAAAUUUAUUGCCAACGAGCAUGACUAUAACUUUUUGAACCUUCCGCUCGGUGAUGUAACGCACGGUUUUGAUAUACAGGAAUGUGUCACCGAUCGGUGCAGCCGGUAUCCGUGUCAACACGGUGGCAAAUGUCUACCGUCGGACGACGGUGCAAUCUGUCUGUGUCCGCUGGGAUUCGGCGGUGAUUUAUGCGAGAUGAGACUGGAUUUACAGGUGCCUUCAUUUAACGGUUCGUCGUACCUACGCUAUGCUCCGCUCGGCGACAGCUGCAUCAUCUGGUUUGAGCUGAAGAUAAUCAUCAAACCACUGCAGGAAGAUGGGCUACUGCUGUACAGCGGCCAUCACGAGUACGGUGACUAUAUCUCGCUGUGCCUCAACAUGGGCUUCGUGGAGUUCACCUUCGAUUUGGGCAGCGGGCCAGCGACUGUCAGGAGCGAGUUUCCACUUUCUAUGGGACAAUGGCAUGUCAUAAAAGUAUCCAGAACCUCGCGGCUAGCAGUGUUAAAGAUCGAUCAGCUACCGGAAGUGAUGACGGUUUCGCCCAAUGGCUUCUGGCAUCUUUCGCUACCGCACAGCCUGUACCUGGGCGGGGUGCACAACAUCCACACGCUACCGAUGAGCCUUCGGGAUAAGGGAUCCUUCGCCGGAUGUAUACAGAAGGUCGACAUCAACGACCGGACCAUUUCGAUCAUCUCGGAAGCGCUGGGUGGUUCGAAUGUGGAAAACUGUCCGCACGCUUGCGUGGCUCGGCCGUGCGGUCCGCUGGCAAAGUGCGUGCCCAAUCUGGACAGCUACGAGUGUCAGUGCAACCCGCGGAACAAACAGUGCAACCAGGCGGAGGAGCUUCCGUCCGAGGUCAUCGAGCAGCGGCAGCGAAUGUUGCUGCGGCAGCAUCUGACUCAUCACCAACAGCAGCAGCAGCAGCAGUAUCCGGAACAAUUAACAGACCAGGAGGAUGGCGAUGAUGAGGAAACUACGGUGGCACCUCCGCCUACCGUUUCCACUGGCGUUUCCCAGCGAACCGUCGCUGCCAGUGUGGGUGAUAAUGGAGAAGAUGAAUAUUAUUACUACGAAUAUGACAGCAGGGAGGAUGCUAAUGUUGGCGCAAAAGUGACUAAUGCGGAAGCAGAACGUGUGAAAGAUAAUGAAAAAAUUAUCGUUAAAGUUGACAGGAAAAAAGAGCCACUAGAAAUGACCACGCAGCCAAGUGACGAAGGUAUGACCGCAAUUAGUGCGGAAAAGGGGGCCACCAGGCAGGAUGCUCAAGUAUCUAAGACGACUAAGACGCGAGAUUAUUACGAUGACGGUGACGAUGAUGAUGAUGGUGAUGGCCCCGUACAGGAGGACAACGGUAACGAUGAUGGCGGAGGGGAGGAUAAUGAUGACAAGACUGCACAAAUGUGGGAAAACGUAGAUGCGGUGAAUAGAAAGUAUUCUCAUAAAACGGGAAAAUCUUUUUCGUUUGACAAUAAACGACAGUCGUUCAAAAGCGAUACGGCCAGUGGGAAUACGGAAGCUGGUGAUGAAGAAGAAAUUGCAGCUGAUGACGCUGGCGAGCGGGAGGAUGCUGGUGGCAGUGGCAGUGACUUCGUCAACGACGACGGAUAUAAUAAAGAUUACGAUCGUACCGAGGACCGAAUACCGUACCGUCCGGAUCUGUUUAAAAAAGCAAAAAAUGAGCAGCCACUGAGGGGGAAAACUGAUGACAGCAGACGGCAGCCAGAUCGGAACUUCGACAUUGAUGAAAUAUUAAUCGAAGAGAUGAAUAGAAUAAUGAAAAAUAAAAACGAGGACGGCGAGGAGGACGAUUUGAGUGACGGUGGCGGUGGAUGGAGCUUCGCCACCGGAAUGGGAGAAGAAGAACUGCGACAUGCCGGUAUUCGAAUGGAUGCCGACGCUAGUCGAGAGCAAAGCCUGGCGAUUGAUGACAGCGAUGCCGCCGGUGGCAUUGAUAGCCUCCGUGAUGCGCCUGACGUUGAUGGAAGGGAAAACAACCGGCAGCGUGAUAAAAAUACAAAACGCUUCCAGGAGGAAAUGGAAACGGAAUUCACUGCUGUUCCUGACAGCAGCCGAGGCAAGCAUUGGAGCAGUAGUGUUGGCAAUAUCGGUAGCAGUUUCAAUGGUCAGCAAUUGAAACCGAUCGACGAGGAAGACGACGUUACGCGCAGCAUCAAGUAUAAGAAUAAAUACUUCAGACGAUACCAGGGUGCCUGUUUCACCGGGACGGAAAGCUUCUUUCACUACAGCGAUGCGGAAACGAUGCGACGUGUAAUCAGCUACGAAAUUGAUUUGAAUUUGCGGUUUAAAACGCAUUCCAACAACGGGCUGAUUCUGUGGACCGGAAGGCACAGUGCACUCGAAGGCGAUGACUUCCUAUCGCUGGGUAUCGAAAAUGGCUAUCUCCAUCUACGGUACAAUCUGGGGUCAGGCGAAAUAAAUAUCAAAUAUAACUCAACCAAAGUUAGCGAUGGCCUCUGGCAUCGGGUGAGAGCUUUAAGGAACUCCCAGGAUGGCACCCUGAAGGUGGACGGAGGCAAACCAAUUACUCGGAGAUCGCCCGGAAAGCUGAGACAGCUGAACACGGACACCGGGCUGUAUGUCGGCGGCUUGCCGGCGGCAUCCUUCUACACUCGGCAACGCUACACGUCCGGUAUCGUCGGUUGCAUCUCGGAGCUGAUACUGGCGGGCGAGCUGCGGCUGAACUUCGACUCGACGAUACUGGGCACGGCGCACAACGUCGAACCGGGAGCCCCAUGA